AUGGUUGACGUACCGAGGCACCGAGGCAUGGAGAGGAAGCUGGCGUGGCUGCGGCACAGUGAGCCAGACACCUGGGCAGCAGGUGGCUGGCGGGGCUGGGUGAGCGCAAGAGGAGCGGAAGGCGUUGCACCGAGACCAGGCGGCCCGGGACGCGCACACCACGCCGAGCUACUGCAGGAUGAAGCUCGGCUCGGGCCCCUUCUGAUGGGCAGGCCCGGCCCGGCCGGCAGGGAGAGCGAGGCGCUGGAGCCGCCGGCGCCGCCGCCGCCGCGGGCGCCGGGGCAGGCGGGCGCCGUCCCCAACCGCCGCCUGGGCAGCGUGCGCGGCGUGCCGGAGUUGUCGUCGCCGGGGCGCCGCGCCCGCCUGUCGCCCCCCGGGACCAGCCGCCUGUCCGAGGCCCGCGAGGCCCUGCGGCGCCGCCUGCUGGGCCUCAUCGAGGGCAGCCGCGUGGUGAUCUUCAGCAAGAGCUACUGCCCGCACAGCGCGCGGGUUAAAGAACUCUUUUCCUCUUUGGGAGUUGACUGUAAUAUCCUGGAACUUGAUCAAGUUGAUGAUGGGGCCAGUGUUCAGGAAGUGCUGUCAGAAAUCACUAAUCAGAAAACCGUGCCCAAUAUCUUUGUGAAUAAAGUUCACGUGGGCGGAUGCGACCAGACGUUUCAGGCACAUCAGAGUGGUUUGUUACAGAAGCUCCUUCAGAAAGAUUCAGCAUAUGAUUACGAUCUCAUUGUCAUUGGUGGUGGUUCUGGUGGCCUUGCCUGCGCGAAGGAAGCUGCCAUUUUGGGAAAGAAAGUUAUGGUGCUAGACUUUGUGGUCCCGUCACCUCAGGGCACAUCCUGGGGGCUCGGUGGUACGUGUAUAAAUGUAGGCUGUAUUCCUAAGAAACUGAUGCACCAAGCUGCCCUUCUGGGGCAGGCGCUAUGUGACUCAACGAAGUUUGGCUGGGAAUGUGACCAACAGGUGAGGCACAACUGGAAGAACAUGACAGAAGCGAUUCAGAACCACAUCGGCUCUCUAAAUUGGGUCUACAGGUUGUCUUUGAGGGAAAAGGCUGUGACCUAUGUCAAUUCCUAUGGAGAAUUUGUUGAACAUUAUAAAAUAAAGGCAACCAAUAGAAAAGGACAGGAAACUUGUUAUACUGGGGCAAAAUUCGUCAUAGCAACAGGUCAAAGGCCACGGUAUUUAGGAAUUGAAGGAGAUAAAGAAUACUGUAUUACUAGCGAUGACCUUUUUUCUCUGCCUUAUUGCCCUGGCAAAACGUUGGUAGUGGGUGCCUCUUAUGUUGCUCUGGAAUGUGCAGGAUUUCUUGGUGGCCUUGGCUUAGAUGUCACGGUUAUGGUGCGCUCCAUCCUUCUUCGUGGCUUUGAUCAAGAAAUGGCAGAGAAAGUGGGUUCCUACAUGGAACAGCAUGGUGUUAAGUUCUUAAGAAAGUUUAUACCCGUGGUGAUUCAACAGUUGGAGAAAGGUUCACCUGGAAAGCUGAAAAUAUUGGCUAAAUCCACUGAAGGACCAGAAACUAUUGAAGGAGUAUAUAACACAGUUUUGAUAGCAAUUGGUCGUGACUCCUGUACAAGGAAACUAGGCUUGGAGACGAUUGGUGUCAAAAUCAAUGAGAAGAGUGGCAAAAUACCAGUAAAUGAUGUGGAACAGACCAGUGUGCCCUAUGUCUAUGCUGUUGGGGAUGUUUUGGAGGGUAAACCAGAGCUCACUCCUGUAGCUAUACAGGCAGGCAGGCUGCUAGCUCGAAGACUUUUUGGAGGCUCUUUAGAAAAGUGUAAUUAUACUAAUGUUCCAACUACAGUGUUUACUCCUCUGGAAUAUGGUUGCUGUGGAUUAUCUGAAGAGAAAGCUAUUGAAGUAUAUAAGAAAGAGAAUCUAGAAGUAUAUCAUACUUUUUUCUGGCCUCUUGAAUGGACAGUAGCUGGCAGAGACAACAAUGCUUGUUAUGCAAAGAUAAUCUGCAAUAAAUUCGACAAUGAACGGGUGGUAGGAUUUCAUAUUCUUGGACCAAAUGCUGGUGAGGUUACCCAAGGAUUUGCAGUGGCAAUGAAAUGUGGGCUCACUAAACAGCUACUCGAUGACACCGUUGGAAUUCACCCCACGUGCGGGGAGGUAUUCACAACUUUGGAAAUCACAAAGUCAUCGGGACUAGACGUCACCCAGAAAGGCUGCUGA